UUUGACAUUAGCUCAUAUAUAUAAAUAAAUAAAUACCCAUCCCAGAUCAUAUACAUUAAGAAGUCGGCCAUGUUCUUUUAAUUCGAUAUUAGAAAAUAAAUAUUCAAACAAAUUAUAUCAACCUAAUUUGACAUAACAUACCUAUUAAGAAAAUUCCAAAUAAGAGCCAAGUUAAUAUACAUAAUUGUCAGUAAACAAAGAUGGGGGACCGUGACAUCCCAAGUGUACCUGUCACAACACUGGCUGGUUUAACGAGCACAUCAGAUUUGCUAAGCGAAUUGCCAGUUUCGGAUUCACUGCGAAGUGCAGCUUCCUUGAAUAAGUCUCUACUAUUUCAUACGUUAGUAGCUAAUGAAUCCCACAACUUGCUGUCGGUUAGGGAUGAAAAUCUGGUGAAACAAUUGGUGAAUGCUAUUGAAAAAACAAAUUCUGACAAUAUAGUAUUGAAAUCACAUUACAAAAUCCAAGAAGCUGCAGAUUGCAUCAAUACAUAUCCGGAGCUACUGCAAGGAAUUUACACAUUUCGCCCAUCAGUUUUUAACUCUUCUGAUAAUAUACUGAGUAAUAAUCAAAGUUAUGUAAAGGAACAGCUUUACCUUAACGAACGUACUAAGGAUGAAAUCGAAUCUUAUUUACAAAUGCCAGGUUAUGAUAACGAAAAAUUAGAACUUCAAACCAAACCACCACCAUAUAUGAAUCCAUUAACCACUGUAAACUCGGAAUGUCUUUUAGACAAUUGCUUGCAAUUUACGGAACGGAAUUUAAAUAUAAAAAAAUCAAAUGAUUCUUCACCAUCUAACACUGAAUCACAAGAAAACACGUCAAGUAUGAAAACAGGCAUAGCUUCAGAUUUAAAAUACUUAAGGGACCAAAAAAAAAUAUUUUUAAAAUAUUACAACAUGGAUCCAAAUGAGUUUGAAAGUUCUUUUCAUAGUGAAGCCCCACAUCAUCUGAAUUCAUCGUUUCAGUUUGAAUCAAAAGACGAACAAAGUUUAUUUACAUCACAAAAUGAAGGAACAUUUCUAGGAACUACAAAUUCGAAUAAUUCUUCAAUUCAGUGCUUUAAUAGUCAAUCCCUUUAUUUUUCCGAUAAACACCCACAAUCUUUAGCAUCUGAUAUUCAGCAGAACCCACAUCUUGCUUCCGCUACAACAUCAACAUCUACUUCAUCAAGCGGCAAGUCACAGGUUCGGUCACCAGAAUUGGCUAGAAGUAUGGGUUUACUACAAGAAACAUCACAAGUGAAUGUAAAGUUGAAUAUGCUGCCUUUAGUUUCUGGAUGUAUGAGUGGGGACUGCCAUAGUUCAAAAAAUUCUAUAAUUGAUACGUUUUCAACAAUCAAAGCUGAUGAAUCCCGUAUUCCUGCAAAGCGAAAAAGUGCUAUCGCAAUUGGUGACAUUCCACCAGAAGAAAUUUACUCAAAGCCAAAAGUUAGACGCGUUGAAAGAAUAAUUCCAAUGUUAACCACAAAAUGUUCAAAAGAUGAAUAUACUCGAUCACAAACGUACCAACAGUUUAUGCGGAAUAUGGAACAAAUUAUUGAAAUAUUAGAUGACACGGAGUCUCCAAACUUUGAUUCAGAUGAUGUUGACGAGAAUAUUGAGUGCAUUUCUCCUAAACUACUGAAUUCAAUGAGCACGGACGUUGCCAAAUUAAAAGCUAAGCAGGCAUUGGAUUCUGUUCCUAAAAAUAAGUUAACACUUCUAAUUAAUUACGCAAUGCGCAACAUUUACUUAGCCAGGAAUUACUUUGCUGGACCGGAUGAUGAAGAGCAAAUAGUUGAUGAGGAAGCAAUUGACAAAAUAUUGCACGCAAUGGAUGCCUGUUUGCUUAUAUGUAAUAUAUAUUCUACAGUGAGCGAUCUUAAAUUUUUACAGGAAGAUAAUAUUUCGCAUAUUAUAAAGUUUACCCAAUUCCAAUUGCGUGAAACUAUAUUUCCAAUACACGAUCCUGUUUAUACAGUAAAGAGUAUGAAAAAGCCAAAUCACCGUAAAAAAAUGAAAUCCCAUCAGGCUCAUAAUCGGAGUCUGCAGCUUUUUUAUUCAAAAACGGUUGAACUUUUGAAAGUUUUCGUUACCCUCUUUGACAAAUGCGUUUUUGUUGAUACUAUAGUUUUGCCAUUGUCUACGCUAGCUAUAGAACCAUUUUUUGUUGACAAUAUUGAGACUCUACAAUUUGUAUGCCUGGAGCUAGUAACCACGAUUUUCGGAAGGAAAGGUACGAACAAAAUACGAAACAGUAUAUUAGGUGACAUAUUAUCAUCAAUUGAUAGAUUACCUUCAUCAAAAAAAAACCUCCGCCCUUAUAAACUCACAAAUAAUGGGGGAAAUAUUCAAAUGGUUACAGCACUUGUUCUUCAAUUGAUACAAUGUGCAACAAGAUUACCAGACUCUCUGUGCGAUAGCGCCAAAUCUAAUAAUGGCCCUAAAGCAAGCGAUAACAAUUUAGACAAGAGGUGAUACAAAAGUGAUACAACCGAAUCAGAUAUUUUUGUCUUAAAAAAAUAUGACGUUGCGGUUAGUAUUGGUGGAAAUUUUUUGACUACUUUUUUAAAUAAAUGUAAGUCUCGAACCAAUGAAACUGAUUUUCGACCACUUUUCGAAUAUUUUAUUUAUGAUUUACUGACUACCGCUAAUAAGCCUGAAUGGCCAGCGUCCGAAUUAUUGCUAUCUCUUUUGGGAACUAUGCUUGUACGCUAUGUUUCUGACAAAAGUAUAGAACAAAGUAUUCGCUUAGUUUCAUUAGAUUACUUGGGCAUUGUAGCUGCUCGAUUACGUAAGGACACCGUUGAAUCAAGAUGUAAAGUUAACAUAAAUGAUUCUAUGAUUAAAUCAAUAAAAUUGGAACAAGAAAAAGAGGGAGAUUUGCCAUGCCAAGACUUUGUUUAUAAACUACACCCAGAAGAACAACGAACGGAAUUCUUACAAAAAAUUCUUCUUGACUUCCUUGCUGUAAAUGCUGAAGAAGAAAAUUUAAUAUGGGACUACGCUCGACACUUUUAUUUGGCUCAAUGGUAUAGAGACGUAAUUUACCAAAGACGUCGUAUUAAAGAUGGACAAAAAGGAACGGCAUUAAAAAAAUAUAAAAUUCCAGGUCAGCAGAGAACUGGUGAUUAUUUGGAUACAUCAGAUUCUGGAUCCUGUGAAGAAAUAGAAGCAGAAGAUUCUAAAAAAUGUGAAAAUUCUUCAUUUGAUGUGAUGGACUUUGAACUCAAUAUUGAAAUGUUUAAUGCUUUGGAGGCGAGAAAAGAAUACCUAAUAAGUCAAAUUAAACCGUUUUCACUUUCUGGCGAACAACACCUUACAACUCAUUCGCAUUUGAAGACAUAUAUCGAUUAUAACAAUGCUCAAUUAAUAGCGCAAUAUUUAGCUACAAAGCGACCGUUUAGUCAAUCUUUUGAUGGAUGUUUAAAAAAAAUUAUUUUAGUCGUAAAGUGACGACCGUCUAUAGCAGUAAGAACUCGUGCAAUGAAAUGCCUGGCCAACAUUGUUGAAGUUGAUCCAUUAGUACUUAAAAGAAAAGAUAUGCAAAUGGGCGUCAACCAAAAAUUUUUAGAUACUGCUAUUUCUGUACGUGAAGCGGCUGUGGAUCUAGUAGAAUUUGUGCUUAGUAAUGAAGUACUAAUUGACCAGUAUUACGAAAUGCUGUCAACACGUAUAUUGGACACUGGCGUCUCCGUACGGAAACGAGUAAUAAAAAUUUUACGUGAUAUUUGUAUUGAAUAUCCGGACUUUUCGAAAAUACCAGAAAUUUGCGUUAAAAUGAUACGUCGCGUUAAUGACGAAGAAGGUAUUCAAAAACUUGUUACUGAUGUUUUUAUGAAAAUGUGGUUUUCACCGUGUUUAAAAAAUGAUAAGCAUGGUAUCCAAAGGAAGAUAAAUCAAAUCAUUGAUGUAGUGAAUACAUCUCAUGAUACAGGAUCAACUUGGUUAGAAGGCCUUCUUUUGAGUAUUUUCAAACCAAAGGAAAAUAUGUUAAAAUGUGAUGGAAGCGUAAAUGAACCUGUGAAAAAAAAUACGGAGCCCGCGCCAGAAAUUAUGCUAGCGUGUCAGCAAUUGGCUGACGGACUUGUUGAUCGAUUAAUUGAACUGGAAGAUACUGAUAACGCAAGAAUGCUCGGUUGUAUAACCACAUUGCAUUUACUAGCAAAAGUUAGACCGCAAUUGCUUGUUAGGCAUGCUAUGACUAUAGAGCCUUAUCUUAAUAUAAAAUGUCAUUCAGCCACAGCUGCGAAAUUUAUAUGUGCGGUUGCAGAUAUACUUGAAAAAGUGGUCCCUCUUGUUAACAAUGCUAGUGAAUCGUUUUUGGCUUCCCUGGAAGAACAUUUGAUGUUACUGGUGGUUUCGCGAAACCAAGCAGAAGUUACUAGUUGCGUGUCAUGCUUAGGUGCUCUUGUGAACAAGAUAACCCAGAAUUUCAAACUGAUUCGUGAUUGCUUUCAAAAGUACAUUUAUCGGGUCCUGGAUGUAGCCCGAUGUCAGGUGGUUCAAAAAAAUAAUGUGGACAAUAUAUACACGCCCAGUUUUCGACGAAGUCUUUUUACGAUUGGAAUUCUAAUGAGAUACUUCGAUUUUAAAUCUCCAAUGACAUUGGGUGAAGUAAAUGAAGGGCUUCCCGUGACAAUAUGUGAUGAUGUUUUUGAGUGUUUAAUGUUCUUCUGUAUUUGUGGAAAUCAAGAUCGCAAGCAAGCUUUAAUUUCAUUGGGGUCUUUUUGUGUUUUAAAUGAUGACUAUCUAACAAGGCCUAAACUUAAAAGAUUGUACUGUGAUAUAUUAAGUUCAAACCUAAACGAUUCUGGAUUCAAAAUUAUUUGCAUGCGAAAUAUUUGGAUUUAUUUAACAGAAUCAGAAAUGUUUAUGCACAACAAAGAAAAAGAAUGGGAGAAGCAGUCAAAACACGAAGAUCUUAAAGAAAUGAACGAUGUUUCAUCUGGAAUGGCAAGCCGAAUUAUUCAACUUUAUUUGGAAGAAAUCCUUGAAUGCUUUUUAAAUCGAGACGAUGCAGUGCGUUUAUGGGCUGUUAAAGUAAUACUUGUUCUUAGGCAGGGACUAGUACAUCCUGUGAGAAUGGUUCCAUACUUAAUUUGCCUAAGCACUGACCCUAAAUUGGAGUCAGCCCAUCGCGCCGAUGCUUUAUUGAAAGACAUAGAUAAAAUAUAUUCGGGAUUCGUAAAUAUGAAAGUGCAAUUGGGGCUACAAUUGUGUUUCAAGCUACAGCAAAUAUUACAAAUAAAUACCAAAGGAAAGUCAGAAAUAAUUCGCGGAUACACGAAACGAGGACAAGAUCAAGCUACAACUGCACAGAAUGAUUUUCUUUAUACCUUACUUCGGACUACCAAACCACAGAGAAGAGCAUUGGUUCAAACGGUGACAAAACAAUUUGAUGAUCAAAAAACGUCUUUACAACAAAUGCUUUAUAUUGCUGAUAAUUUAGCAUAUUUUCCCUAUAUGGUGCAGGAUGAACCUUUGUAUCUUAUUCAUCAAAUUGAUCUUCUCAUUUCAAUGGCGGGAACGCAUUUACUAGCUACAUUUAAAGAACACUUAAUGCCAACUGACAAGGAGGGAGACGUAUUAGAGGAUGAUGAUGAUGUAGAAGACCCACAGAUUCUUUUUAAUCGAUUGCCCGAUGAUAUGACUGAAAUAAAAAUGUGUAUAACAUCUGCGCAAGCAUGUAUGUUACUGUUAAUAUUAAAGGAUCAUUUAAAAGAAAUGUAUGGUCUUACAGACAGUAAAAUUUCAAGAUAUUCUCCGUCUGAACAAAAUUAUGAAAAAGCUGUAACACGAAGAAGUGUGGUUGAUUUUAAUCCCAAAACGACCAUUGAAGUAAUAAAAAAACAAAAGAAUCAACAAAUAAUAAGUUCAGAACAAAAUUUUCCACCUCGUCCUCUAACCAGUGCAGAGAAGCUAGACCUUGUCGUAAAGUACCUCGAUUUUAAACAGCUUAUGUUGAAACUGGAUCCAGAAGAUGCAGAGUCAGAUGUGGAUGAUUCACACGAAAAAUCUAUUAAUAGUACAGCUUUUGGAGAAAGUACAUCUCUCGCGAAAUCACAAAAAAAAUCCAAAAUGAAGAAAAGUACCGUUGUUCCCUCUUUAAAUAUAAACAAUAUACAAUUUUUGACCGUUUCUGGACCGGAGAGCGAAGCUAAAGGUGAACAUAACGUAAAAUCAUCUGUUAUACCAAAAAGUCCAGUGGCCGUAAUGCGUAUCAUGUUCGAUGUAAAAAUAAGCGAAAAAAUAAUUGAUUCGUCUGAAGAGGAAACGAGUGAUGAGGAUUAUGCGUGAAUAAAAUAGAUUUUUACAUUGUAUUUAAGCUGCAUACAAAAUUAAGAUUUUAAGAUUGCUACAAACUAGUUUUGCGUACAAAUUACAUAUUAUCUUUAAGGUAUAAAUAACAAUCAAAAAAAUAUAUAUUCUUAAAUCAAGUGUUUAAGUAAUAGUUAUAAAAAUAAAGUUAAUAAAUUUUAUAAAUAAA